AAUGUGGAGUAACAGCACGAACGGCGGUGCUGCUGUUGUUGUGGAUUUGAGUCCGCGCCGUUCGCCUGGAUUUCAGCCGCUUUGGUCACUGUCCGCUCGGAUUCGGAGAUGUUGAACGCUCGGGAGUAACUUUCAGCCGGAUGGGGCCCGGAGCUGGAAAUGGAGAGAGAGUUCGACCUGUGUUAGUUCAAUAGCUGGCUCGCCUUUGUCCUGUUUGUGCGGAGCCAUGAAAGGCCGUGUUGUGGGGGUCACGCGAGCCGUGGGGCGACUGCUGCUCUGUCUGCUGCUGUCCUGCGAGGGGAGACUGUUCCAGGUUGGAGGGGUGAAAUCGGUCACGCUCCCAGAGUCCCUCCUGUUCGUGUCGACGCUGGACGGUAGUCUGCAUGCGGUGUCCAAACAGUCAGGGGACAUCAAGUGGACCCUAAGAGAAGACCCCGUAAUUCAAGUGCCUGUUUACCUCACAGAGCCAAGUUUCCUCCCAGAUCCCAGUGAUGGCAGUUUAUAUGUCCUGGGUGGGAAGCACAAGGAAGGCCUGGUGAAACUGCCCUUUACCAUUCCAGAGCUGGUUCAGUCUGCUCCCUGCAAGAGCUCGGACGGUGUCCUCUACACAGGUAAAAAGCAGGAUGUGUGGCUUGUGGUGGAUCCUGAAACUGGUGAGAAGCAAACCAGUUUAACCACCUCCUCCUCUGAGUCCAUCUGCCCCAACAGUCCUCUGCUGUACAUCGGCCGCACAGAAUACGUGGUAACUAUGUUUGAUACCAAGACACAGGAGCUACGCUGGAAUGUGACCUACAAAGAUUACUCCGCUCCACCCUAUGAUGAGAAGCUAGACUACAAAAUGGCUCAUCUUGUGUCGAGUGGUGACGGCCUGGUUGUGACCGUCGACAGAGAGUCAGGUGAUGUCCUGUGGAGUCAAAACUACGGCUCACCCGUCGUGGGCGUCUACCUGUACUCCGGUGACUCGCUAAGACACGCCCCCCACCUGUCGCUCGCCAUGGAAACGCUGCGCUUCCUCACCUUCUCCUCCGCCAGCAACCAGGCAGACGCACACUCCACGCUAAAGUGGAGCUAUCAGUUUGUGAAGGAGCAGGCCAGCGCACAAACACAACUUGUACCUACUCUCUAUGUUGGAAAGCUGGACUCCCACCUCUACGCCUCCACUUCUCAUGUCCAUCACGGAGUCUCGUUAGUGCCCCGGGGUCUCACUCUGGCACGAAUCGAAGGUCCGCUGACGACCGGGGUGACGUUGAGAGAACGAGGAGAAUGCGAGAUCACGCCGUCUACUGAUGUACGCUACCCACCAGGCAGCACACAGAGCAGGAUAAACCACUGGUUGCUAAUAGGUCACCACGAGCUCCCUCCAGUAGCUCACACCACCAUGCUGAGGGAUUUCCCCGCCACCCUCCAGCGUUCUGGCGAGGCCGUUAUCCCGCCUCAGCUCCACACCACCCCUGCCGCCACAGUCUUCCCCCACUCCUACUACUACCAGCGAUACUUCCAGACUGUUGCUGGGAGCCAUAGCGACACCAUGGCAAAGAGAGCCGGUGAUGAGAGGACGUCGGGCCAGGCGGACCGAGCAGCUGCUGUGGUGCCUGUUAAUCUGACCCAGGACCCUCUGACUCUGGCCGUGCUGACGCUGCUGCUGGGAGGAUGGCUGGCCUUCGCGCUCACUCAUCCAGCUCGCACGGCCCAGCAGCUGAAAGGUCAGAGGCAUCAGGAGGACGCGUCUCAUGUGCAGAGCACGCAGUCGAGCGUGCAGCCCAGUCAGGCAGCGGCCCCGGGGUCUUCAGACACCACUGAGACACAGCUCUCGAAUGACUCGCCGCCUGCUUCUCCAACACUUCCCUCCAGCUCUCCCUCUCACAGAAGCAGCAUCGCAGACGGCGGCGGCAGCAGCAGCAGCGGACACAAAGCGACAGCGGAAGACACCGGCGACGACUUGCAGAUCGGUAAAAUCUCCUUCUCUUCAUCUGAGGUGCUCGGUCGCGGCAACGCGGGAACUUUUGUCUUCAGAGGGCAGUUCGAUGGACGCCAUGUGGCCGUGAAGCGGAUCCUGCCGGAGUGUGUCGAGGUCGCGGAGCGGGAGGUGCAGCUCCUUCGGGAGUCUGACACUCACCCCAACGUCAUCCGGUACUUCUGCACAGAGAGAGACCGUCUCUUCACCUACAUCGCCAUCGAGCUGUGCGCCGCGACCUUGCAGCAGUAUGUUGAGGAUCCAACAUGCUUUGCUGAUCUGAAUCCUAUAACGCUGCUGGAGCAGACAAUGUGUGGCCUCUCACACCUCCACUCACUCAAUAUAGUCCAUCGUGACCUGAAGCCUAGAAACAUCCUCCUUUCUAGUCCCAGUGCACUGGGUCAGGUCCGAGCCAUUAUCUCUGACUUUGGGCUCUGCAAGAAAAUCCCAGACGGUCGGAGCAGCUUCUCUUUGCGCUCAGGAAUACCAGGAACCGAGGGGUGGAUCGCUCCAGAAGUCCUGCGUGAGACACCUGGAAAUAAACCAACAGCAGCAGUGGACGUGUUCUCGGCAGGCUGUGUGUUUUACUAUGUGGUCAGCAGGGGGCAGCAUCCCUUUGGAGACUCACUGAGGCGACAGGUCAACAUCCUGUCAGGAGAAUAUUCCCUGUCACAUUUUAUGGAGGAUAUACAUGAUGAUGUGAUAGCUCAGGAUCUGAUUGAGCAAAUGGUCAGCGCUGAGGCGGAGUCACGUCCCUCCACUGCCUGCGUGCUCAAACAUCCGUUCUUCUGGAGUCCUGAGAAGCAGCUGCUGUUUUUCCAGGAUGUGAGUGACCGUAUAGAGAAAGAGCCAGCAGACAGUCCCAUCGUGGUCAGAUUGGAGACCGCAGGAAGGUCUGUGGUUCGAACCAACUGGAGGAUGCACAUCUCGGUGCCUCUGCAGACAGAUUUGCGGCGGUUCAGAACGUAUAAAGGAAACUCAGUCCGAGACCUGUUGAGAGCCAUGAGGAAUAAAAAACACCACUACCACGAGUUGCCGUCCGAAGUGCAGGAGACCCUCGGCGAGCUGCCCGAAGGCUUCGUCAGCUAUUUCACCACACGGUUUCCACGGUUACUGAUGCACACACACGCUGCUCUGCAAAUCUGUGCCCACGAAAGACUGUUUCACCCCUACUACCUGCCCCCUAGCACCAAAUGACCCACACACACCCACAACCUGCACAGUUACACUCACUGUAGUGACUUUGGUGAGCAAAGGGAAAUCCCUGACAGUGACUUGUUAUUGCUUUUGUAAAGCCAGGAGUGUUUUCUAAGGGGUAAGGUGCAGGCUAUGGGUUAGAUUCAAGAUUCAAGAUUCAAAAACUUGAUCAAUCCCUGUGGGAAACUGCUUUGCCCACUCAUGACUGCUCUCACAGAUAGGAGGAAACUUAAAAAUAUUGAAAAAUAUUAUUAAAGACAGACAUGUAAUAUACAUACAUAUAUACACAUACUGUACACAUAUAUAACACAUAUACAUGUACACAUUCAUAUCAAAUACUUUGAUAUGAAUGUGUAUGUAUGUACAUACAAAUACACAUGUACUAUACUAGACAGAUGCAGGUCGAUCCGUACAGAGGGAGGAGGAGUUGUACAGGCCGAUGGCACCGGUAGGAAGGAUCUCCAGUGUCGCUCUGUGGAGCAUCUAAUACUGAUCAGCCUCUGGCUGAAGGUGCUCCUCUGUCCAGCCACACACUGUGUAGGGGGUGGAGGUGUUGUCUAGGCUAGAGAAGAGUUGGACCAGCAUCCUCCUCUCAGCUACAGCAUGUAGGGGGUCCAGCUCCACCCCCAGAACAGAACCAGCCCUCCUGAUCACUUUGUCCAGUCUGUUACUGUCUGCUACAUUCAUGCUGCUGCUCCACAGACCACAGCCUAAAACACUGGACCCACAGACUCAUAGAACAUCCUCAGCAUGGAGCUGCAGACGUUAAAGGACCUGAGCCUCCUCAGGAAGUACAUCCUGCUCUGAGCCUUCUUGUUCACAACUGACGAGUUCUUUAUCCAGUCCAGUUUAUUGUCAGUACACUCCCAGGUAUUUGUACUCGGUUACGACCUCCACCUCUUCAUUUUUAAUGGUGAGAGGGGUGACAGCACUCCCAGAUUUCCUAAAGUCUAUCACCAGCUCCUUUGGUUUUACUGAUGUUCAGUUAAAUGCGGUUCUGUCCACACCAGUCCACAAAGCUGUUCACCACUUCCUGAUACACUGUGACAUCACCACCCUGGAUACCUCCUAUAAUAGCAGAGUGAUCAGAGAUCUGGAGAUGACAGGUCUCUGAGUUGAAAGGGAGACAGGGAGUCCCCUGUGGAGCUCCUGUGCUGCAGACCACUGUGUCAGACACACAGUUCUGCAUGUGGACGUACUGGGAUGGUUGGUGAGGAAGUCCCUGAUCCAUGAGAUCAGGGGGGGCUCCACCUGCAUGUCCUUCAGUUUUUUUUUUGCCCUUCAAGAUUUUUUUGAUUCUUGAAUCUUGAAUACAUAUAUAUGCACUGAGUUGUUAGAUUUAUAUUAUGCUAUUUUUCUGCAGCUAUUGCACAUUAAAUCAUUUUAAAGAGUUCGGGCCUUGGAAAGGCUACACAUUUAUAAUGUUUAUAGAGAAAAUAUUUUUAAAUGCUUUUCACAGAUGUUUUUUUAUUCUGUUAAGUGCAAACUAUUCUAAAAAACAACCGGUGAAGAUUUUCCGUUUUAUUGUUGAAAACUGCUGAAGUUUUUGUGCCUAUUUUGCAAACCAACCAAAGUUGUGCAGAAUAUUAGACAAAAUCUCUAAACUACUCCAAAUGAAUUGCUGAUUGUAAGACAGAUGACUCUGAAGCAGGUUUAAAUAUUUACCAUGUCCAGCAGUGAGACAAACAGAUUCUUUUUAACCCAGUCACAUAUAGACAGGAUAAAGGGCUGAGGGACGCCUGACCUGCAGCAAAGGUGUUCACUGUGCGCUUCUACUGAAAUCUAGAUACUGUUUUCUUUAAUACUUCAAUAAAACAACUGGAAAAAUAUAAAUAAUGGGUACAAAAUGAUGAACACUGUGGAAGGCUCUGCACACACGAGGCUCCACGGGUCUCAUAAUCAGGCUGUAGCUGCGGGGUUUAUUUACAUGUAGUAAAUUUGUCUUAGGAGCUCAUGCAACCUGAUCAUAAAUAUUAAUGUGACCUUGUUGGAGUUUAGAGUUUUUAUGAAGUCGGUUUACUGAAUUAUGAGCCUACUGGGGAAGCUGCUUAUCAUCUUUAAAGGCCUUUGUAGUCUGGAUUUUAACCACUGUACAUGUGAGAUGUGCACUGUUGGCCAGCUGAAAUGAGACAAAUGGUUUCAUUCAGAAGUGAAGGCUGUCCAACGUUCCAAUGUUCAGUCAGCGUUUUGCUCCAGCGUAUGUGAAGCGUGUCCGCUGCUCUGAUGAUGUAGCCACAGUGUCUGCGUGCUGUUAAAUGGACACCAGUGUGUGCAAGCAAUCAUGCAACUGUUGUUAUUUUAUUUAAUCAGCAUAUUUGUUUACUACGUUUGAGCACAUGCAGAUCUAUUCAAAAUGCCUCAGAAGUUCUGGGAGACGUGGUUUGUCCUCCCUGUGACUACGGAGGGUUCAGCAGCAGGAGGAACGAGGGAGAAUUUGCUUUUAUACAUUUUGUUUCUGAAUGAAUUAAACUGGUGCCAAAGAAUUCAACUUUUUUUAUUCAAAAAGUAAAAACGUCUGAAGCAGU